AUGCGCUUCACAUCUUACGCCGCCGGCGCCAUUGCGCUCAUGCAACUCGUCGCUGCAGCACCUCAUGGCGAGCCCUCAACCCAGGUCGAGCCUUCCGCCCAUGUCGAAAAGCGGUACACUGAGGCCAUUUGUGCCAUCAUCUGUUCUGGUGCCUGUGCAGCCGCUCCAAUCACCUGCCUCGCCUGUGUCGCUGGCUGCAUUUUGACGGCCGUCCCUGGCGAGGAAAUCGAUGUAAACCAGCUGAAGGCUGACGUUGACGCUGCUGUAGCUGAGGCUGCUAAUUUGAUUGACUCGUCUGGUCUGCAGCAGGAGGCUUGA